CUCUGCCACGGGCUCUGGACGUGGCCCUCCCCCCCAGCACACGAAGCCGCGGUGCGCAAUGGUUCGAUCUGAGGCGGGGCUGCGGACGCUUUUCGGGCGGAAGGAGUUCGCGCUACGGCCGCAGGAUCGAAGGACGGGGCGUGGUGCUUGGCCGCUGCUGGCCGCGCUCCUCCUCUUUCCCCGACCGAAACUCAUCACCGGCAUCAUGUCUGCCUACCCCAAAAGCUACAACCCUUUCGAUGACGAUGUGGAAGACGAAGACUCUCGUCCGGCCCCGUGGAGAGAUGUCCGCGACUUCCCCGACGGAACCAACGCACCCGCAGACAGGCAGCAGUACUUGCGGCAGGAGGUGCUGCGCAGGGCAGAGGCCACAGCCGCCAGCACUAGCAGGUCCCUGUCCCUUAUGUACGAGUCAGAGAAGAUUGGGGUCGCCUCUUCCGAGGAACUAGUUCGGCAGCGAGGAGUCCUAGAACACACAGAAAAGAUGGUAGACAAAAUGGAUCAAGAUUUGAAGACUAGCCAGAAGCACAUCAACAGCAUAAAGAGUGUGUUUGGGGGGCUCGUCAAUUACUUCAAAUCCAAACCAACGGAGACCCCACCUGAACAGAAUGGUACCCUCACUCCCCAGCAGAACAGCAAAUUAAAAGAAGCCAUAAAUACAAGUAAAGAACAGGAGACAAAGUACCAAGCCAGCCACCCAAACCUCAGAAAACUGGAUGAUGUAGACUGUAUCCUUGGAGGACCUGGUUCUGCUGUGAGUACAGAGGCUUACCCAAAGAACCCACACCUUCGAGCCUAUCACCAGAAAAUCGACAGCAACUUAGAUGAACUGUCCAUGGGACUGGGCCGUCUCAAGGACAUAGCCCUGGGGAUGCAGACAGAAAUUGAGGAGCAAGAUGACAUUCUUGACCGACUAACAACUAAAGUGGACAAAUUAGAUAUCAACAUAAAAAGCACAGAAAGAAAAGUUCGACAACUUUAAAGAUAGAGGAGUUCCAUUCCAUUGUGAUAAAAAGAUUGGAAAGAUCUCAUUUUAAAUUCUCAAGAAAUUUCAUGUAUUAUUUAGUAUGUAAUUUAAUGUGUGUUUGCAAAUGUUAUAACAGAAUGAAUCUUAAGAGAUUUUUGUCGAGAUGAAGAAAUGUGUAAAAUUUUUUUGUUAGAGCCGACACCUGCCUUAAAUUCUUUCAGCUGCAUAACUUUGAGAUUUAAGUCUGAGCAUAGUAGUCAAGGCCUGAAUAUCUUUGACGUUUGAUUACCAUCCUGGAAGUAGAAAAAGUUGCAUUUCUUACUUUCAGCAGUAUAUAGGAAGAUAUGGGCAGAAUUUCAGUCUGGCAACUAUAUCCUAUGUUUCCCCAGUUUGCUAUAUUUAUCAUUUCUAGGCCUUGUGUAAGUCAGAGUAUCAAGGGACCCUGUUCUUCUCAACUUGAGAGACCGAGGCAGGAGAAUCCUAAGUUCAAGGCCAGUCUCAGCAACUUAGUGAGACCCUGACCCUAAAUAAAAAAUCAGAAUAAAGGACUGGAGUUGUAUCUCAGUGGUAAAGCGCCCCUGGGUUCAAUCCCAAGUAAUAAAAAAAGAAACCCUGUGUUUGUGGAGGAGGGUCCUUCCCACACCCUUGUAAUGGAAAUCAUUGCACAUACACAAUAUUGAGCACAUUGUGAUUCUUCCCUCCCCCCGCCCAGAAAAAGAUUAGUCUUAGAUCCAGACAUACAAUAUGGCAUAUUCUUUGCUCUUUUGUUGACAGAUGUCAUCUGUUCCCCUACUGAGCUCUGUCCUUGGUAUACAUUUCAGUAGAUGGACUUUAGACCAGCACUGCUCAGGGUGGUGCCUGGAAUGGGCAGGGAAUUGGCCCCCACCUGCUCUUAUAUUCUCCAUCUCUGUUUGGAAACAGAUUCUCCACUGGCUCAAGGACACCUUGCUGAUUGACACAAGGUCGCUUUAGAAUUAAUGGAAAUGAGGUAUACACAUGUGGACUACCAGUGGUCUUAUUCAUUGAGUCUUCUACCUGACUAGGGAAUCACCAUUGCCAAGCCUCAACAUGGCAGAGUGUUUAUUUGGUGUCUGGUGUCUCCUGACCCAUCCAGGAGUCUCACCUACUUUUCUGUACUUCCUACAAGGUGACAUUUGAAUCAUCACAUUGAUUCUCUGUCACCCAGUUUAGGAAUAAAAUUCCACAAAUGAUGUUGACCUUGUAUAGAAGGAUUUGGCUAAGAAGGAAAAAACUGGGUAUGAGCUAUAUCCUCAGCCUACCCUUAUCUUUUUUUUAAAAAACAAAAUGUUUUGAAGAUGGUGAAAGGGACUGAUUUUAAUAGACAGAUCAGAAACUUGAAAUAACAGUGCCUCCCCACUUAAAACAUGGCACCACCCUGUGGGUCCUGUGCCAUUUUCACGAUGCUCUCCUUUAGAGUCUGUAGUCUAUUAUAAAGUAUUGUUUGCUACAAGGCUGGGGGUAUAGCUCAGUGGUAGGGCACUUGCUUAUAGCCCUAGAUUCAAUUCCUAUGGUACAAAAACAAAAAAGUACAAUAGCGCAUUAGUUUUUUUGUUUCAUUUUGGUUUUUGGUUUUGGGGGUUUUGUUUUUUUGUUUUUUGCAGUACCAGAGAUUAAACUUAGAGCCUCAUGCAUGUUAGACAAGACUUUCCAACAGAGUUACAUCCCCAGACCAUAAUGACCAUCUAUAUAUCAAUUUGUAGAAGUUUCUAUCGAACCUAUUCAAAUCUUCCUAAAAAUAGUGGCAGUCAGACUGGCAGUGUAGCUCAGAGUUAGAGCAUUUGUCUAGCAUAUGAAAGGCCCCAGGUUUGAUCCCCAGUGCCGUGAAAAAAAAAUUUUUUUUCUACUUAAAAAAUGCAAACCAGCUUGUGUAUAUUUUAAAACCUCCUAAUGGUUUCUGAUUUUUCCUCUUAUCAACUUCUUCCAUGUAUAUAAUAAUAACUGUUUCUCUUUAUCAUCAUCAGGCAUAGACUUGUGGAGAUUAAUCAUUAUACCUCAGAUUUAAGCUUUUUUGUUGUUUUAAAUAAACACACAGUGAUGCAUGCCUGUAAUCCCAGCAACUUGGCAGACUGAAGAAGGAGGAUCGCAGGUUCAAGUCUAGCCUGGGCAAUUUAGCAAGACCCUAUCUCAAAAUAAAAAAGGAUUUGGGGGAGCUGUGGUAGCGCACACUUGUAAUCACAGCUCAGGGAGGCUGAAACAGGAUCUUGAGUUCAAAGCCAGCCUUAGCAAAAGCAAGGCACUAAGCGACUCAGUGAGACCCUGUCUCUAAAUAAAAAUACAAAAUAGAGCUGGGGAUGUGGCUCAGUGGCGGAGGGCUCCUGAGUUCAAUCCCUAGCACCAAAAAAAGGCCGGGCGGUUGGGGUGUGGGGUCAGUGGAAGAGAGCCUCUGAGUUCAGUCCUCAGUACCACAAAAAAUAAAUACAUGUAUGGCCACUGCCAAACAUUUUCAUCAGCAGCCUUCCCUUUGCAUUAUGGGAUCAGUGAUUCAUCUUUGAAGCAAAGUAACAUUUCAUGAAUUUUCUCUUAUCUUUUCUUUUGUUGGGGUAAUGAAGCCAAUCUCCACCACCACCACCACCCCCACCUUUUUUUUUUUU